UAGGGUGUAAGUCGGGGAAUGUUGACUGCUGAUUGGUCCGUGAGGGGUAGUCGAGGUGAGUGGGCAGACUCGCAUCCUACUACUUCGCCCAUAAAAGGCCCCCCAUCCUCCUACUCUUAUAUUCCCACACUCUUUCCUUCUCUCCAUCCCAAGUGAAAGUUAUCAAAUAGUCAUCAUAAAACAACCCAAAAACACUCAGUUCCAUCACCUUCAUCAAGAAGAAUUCAAGGGAAUAUCCGAACACACCUUCAAAAGCCACUAUGUCUGCCUCGCGGCAUAGCUACGGAAGACAGAAAGAACCUCUUUACCUAGGAUAUGAGGAUCAGGACUUCAUCAUGUAUCCUGCUCAAGGGUCUCAGGGAGACCUCUCGGACUGCAGGAGCUUGGAUAUGAAUAUAUCAUUGCACAAUUCUCCAGUGCACCGUGAAAGGAGAUAUAGGUCUUCACAUGCCUCUGGUUAUUCAUAUCCGAGAAGUCAGCGAGAUGACUCAGCUUCGUACAGUGAUAGAAGCAUUCCUAGGUCUAGAAAUUCGCUUGAAGUCGUUUCUUUCGACCCAAACAGCAAAAGAGGACGCAAAUCCAAGACCAAGGACGAGAGAUCCUUGAUGCAGAGGAGUUGGGCCGAAACACCAGCACUCCCAAGACCAGGCACACCAGAGUUUUCAGAGCCCGCAAAAUUGUCAAGCUCACCGAGGACACGUGAGAAGACAGAGAGGUUCAGUGAAAAGGUGUACCUGAGCACUGGUCAACCGGAAAGGGCCUCAGGUGCCGUAGUGCGGCGAAGGGACAGCCUGAGAGGGCAGUCUGGGGACUACCUUACAAGAGUUUCAGGCAACGGGGACACCACCGACGGGCUCCACCAAUACGGCAGGCACAGCAAUCCCCUGCCUAAAAGGUUUCACGCCGGGGAAGGGCAGCGGGGCCAUCUGCCUCCAGCGCCUAUGAUCCCAAGACUCCCUACUCCCGAUUUCGAAUCGACCUCCUCAUAUGAAUUGAGGCAUUCCAAAUACGAGUUCUGCGCUUGCUGCCACAGCUCAGAUGACAGGUAUGAGGCAGAUGACGUACGCUGGAUGAAAGGGAAGGCUAAGAUGGAAAAGCAAGUGGACAAUGCGAGGGCUUACAUCUCUCGAAUGGCAAUGGGCGACCGAUUGAUCGCGGACGCCUAGGUAAGCUAGGUUGGUCGAUCGGACCGGGUCGGGCGGGUUCCUUAGGCAUACCUGUCAGGUGUACGGAUUAGGAGUCAGGCGUUCAGGAAACCGGUAAGGUAGGACUCAGCCGGGGCAACAGGAUCUCGCUAUAAUUAAUGAUUAAUGGGCUAAGGAGGGCAGACUGUACUGGGUGCCCGCGAGCGGACCAAAAAGGGAAGUUCUGGAUCUUCUGUUGGGCAUUCUUUCUUUUUUGGAAAAUUUUAUUUAGUCGCCUGAA